UCAAUGUCCGAUUGUGGCCAGCAUUGUUCUUAAUUCAAGCUCCGCCGUUUCUCGCUUUGCCAUACUUACAUCCCCUGGGCGUCCUUUUUCUCAUAAUUCUCGCCGUAAGUAACCUCGCUCAGUAUGCAAGCUGGUCUUCAGCAAGAAUUCCUUCGGCGAACAUCGAGGAUUGCAAAGCUUUUCAAGAAGACUGCAGGUCCCAUCAAUGGAAGUGCUAUCCCUCCCUCACUGCCUCCCCUUCCCCAAUUGAACUUCAUCCUGCCGGAGCAUGUCAAGUCGGAACUCAACGACAAUUCCAUACCUGCGGAAAUGCGUAGUGCUUUAACGACAGCUAUACAAGACCUACAGGAGGACUAUCGCCGCGUGUAUGAACGUGCAUACAACGCAUCUCUAGCUUCGCCUCUACCGCAAUUUUCUGCCAUCCAUAGGCUGGGUGCUAUCCUGGAGGCUCGCUUCUUGAAUCAGUCUCUUCCUGGUUUGAUGCGUCACUACCUUGCUGAAAAAGCAGCAUUGCCGAAAUCAAACGAAGUCGAAGAAUCUAAACGAAAGUUCAACAACGCCUACAUCCCCUACCUCCAAGCAUACUUUGCCUACAACGCUUACCCCUCCCUCCACGACCGCGAAGUAAUGGCCCGAAAAUCCAUGAUGACAUCUCGCCAAAUUGAAGUCUGGUUCCAAAACCACCGCCGCGUAGAGAAAAAAGCCGGCCGCCCCUGCGUCAAACGCAAAGCCUCCGACGCCGGACCGUCCCAAUCGCAGAUCGACAAGAUCGAGCAGGUGCUGGGUGUGUUUGGGGUGCCCAAGGAGGAGAGGACGCUUUCGGAGAAGGACAGGGAGCAGUUGGGGUAUGUACGGGGGGAGAGGGAGAGGGGGUUUUCGACAUUAUCUGCACCUCGGUAUCCCCGGGAUGCCACUCCCAUAGACGUCCUCGCUCUCCCUCCCCGACCUCUCCCGGAUGCUGUUCCUGGGUACACACCCUUCCUCUCUGGGACCAUGCCUUCGUGCCACUUCCCACCCCCAACCUGGACCCGCCGACCCGCCACCGAACCACUCCCGCACCACACCCAGCGCCUCAGCUUUUUCCGAGCUCUCUGAGAUGUUCGCUACGAAGCUACGGACAUACAGCGACAUCCUGCGGGUGUCGGAAGGAGUCUGUGCCACCGGCUGCAACGUGCGCGAUUACGACGCGUCUCGAGCGUGGGUACCACCCUGCGU